CUCCAUUUGUCCAUCUCUCUGACAGAGUCCUGAUGGUGACAUGGAUGACAGCAGUACUCUUGACCUGAGUGUGAGCCGGGGGCAGCCGGGGGGUCCGGAGGGGAGUGGCACGGUGCUGACCCCCCUGCAGCCCAUGUCCACCCAGCGCCAGGCCCUGCUCAACAGCAGCCGCUGCUACCAGAUGAGUGAGGCCGACUGCUGGGAUCUGCCCGUGGACUACACCAAGAUCAAGCGCAUCACCGACGACGAUCACAAAGAGUCUUCUUUUCUUUCAUCCCUCCACCAGGAGGAGGACCUGAACCCGUUCCAGGACCUUCUAGAUGAGCAUCACUACGGAGGGGACGUGACCAUGCCCAGCCCAAAACACAAGUACGCCCCCUGCAAGGAGGGCAAGGAGGAGCUCAUCACUCUCUCCAGCUACCAGCUAGCUGACAAAAGCAUCUGCAGUAUGAUGAUGACCAAUGCGCAAGACCUCAAGUGUCCCACUCCAGGAUGUGACGGGUCUGGACACAUCACUGGGAACUACGCCUCGCACAGGAGACCUUUCCCCUCUAGUCUGUCAGGCUGUCCACGGGCCAAGAAGAGCGGGAUCAAGAUACUGCACAGCAAGGAGGACAAGGACGACCAGGAGCCAAUCAGGUGUCCCGUCCCAGGCUGUGACGGACAGGGUCAUGUGACGGGGAAGUACGCGUCCCACCGCAGCGCGUCAGGCUGCCCCCUGGCGGCCAAACGGCAGAAGGACGGCUACGUUAACGGCUCCCAGUUUGCCUGGAAGUCCGGGAAGACAGAUGGCAUGUCGUGCCCAACCCCGGGCUGCGAUGGAUCGGGACAUGUCAGUGGGAGCUUCCUGACACAUCGGAGUCUCUCCGGCUGUCCCCGUGCCACCUCUGCCAUGAAGAAAGCCAGAAUGACUGGAGUUGAAAUGUUGACAAUCAAGCAACGGGCAAGCAAAGGAAUAGAAAAAGAUGAGGAAAUCAAACAGCUGGAUGAAGAAAUCAAAGAUCUAAACGAAUCGAACAAUCAAGUGGAAUCAGACAUGAUUAAACUUAGGACACAAAUCACCACUAUGGAGACUAACCUGAAGUCCAUAGAGGACGAGAACAAAGUGAUUGAGCAGCAGAAUGACUCCCUACUGCACGAGCUAGCCAACCUCAGCCACUCUCUCAUCAACAGCUUAGCUAAUAUCCAGCUCCCACAUAUGAAACCGAUGCCACAGAAAGAGGCCCCAGUUAAACAUAGCUGCUGUUUACAGAUGCCCCACAGAGAGCCAAUGAAUGAACAAAACUUUGACACUUAUGUGAGUACUUUGACAGACAUGUACACCCAUCAGGACCAAUACCAGAGUCCAGAGAACAAGGAACUAUUGGAGAACAUCAAACAAGCAGUGCAAGGCAUCCAAGUGUAGUAGCCUAUCUUCUGGCCAAAAGGCCCAGUCUGAGGCCAAAUCAAAUGAUGUUAAAGCAACAAAUAAAAGUCAAAAGAGAAUGGAUUAUGAUUGUUGCUGCUGUAAUUUACCGUAGUAUUUAUUUUAUUCAUUAUGCUGUAAUGCUCUGAGCUCCAUUGUAAUGGGUUUUUUGCCUUGCUUUAAAAAUAGUUCCCAAUGGCAAAAGUUUCAAAGAACAUUCCCGUUUUGUACAUUUUCAUAUGACCUAAUAUAAUGUGAUGUACUGUUUAUAGCUGCUAAUGUAUGCACAUUUUAGUGUAUAUGUAUUUAUUAAUUGUAAGCUUGUAUCAUUCAUUAUUUUAACGAUAUUGAUAAAAAGGACAAAACUGAGUGCCACGGGCRGGGAGCCAGAUGAGGGCAAUGUGAGGACCAAUCAAAACUGAGUGCCACGGGUGGGGAGCCAGAUGAGGGCAAUGUGAGGACCAAUCAUUUUUAGAUAAGCUUUUCUCUAAGUAUGUCAUAGAAAACAAAAAUGACCUUUGGUGUGAAGAUUGUUUAAAUGGAUGUAAAUGUAUUGAUUUUUGUAACAAUGUUUGAAAAACUCUUUGUCUUCAGUGGUCUGUGUGAACACUAAUAAUAAUGUCUGUGUUUAAAUCAAGUCUAAGAAGAAACCAUGUAUAAAUAUGACACAUUUGAAACAUCAUGACACGGAAACUACUAACUGGUACAACUCCCAUAACCUAGAAGGACUAUACUUCAUUUAGUUGGAAAUAAAAAGACUUAGUAAUCUGUGUUGUUAAAAACACACAGCGAGAUGUCCAACUCCCAUAACCUAGAAGGACUAUACUUCAUUUAGUUAGAAAUAAAAAKACUUAGUAAUCUGUGUUGUUAAAAACACACAGCGAGAUGUCCAACGACCAAUGGCUAUGGAAAAUAUAAAGGAGACAAUCUAGCAUUACUCAUUUAUUUUAAUUCUAUUGAAUACUUAGUAGGACCACUUAUCAGCAAUAUUGGUAUAACAAUGAUUACACCACUUGUUUAGAUAUGGGAUGCAAUCGAUAUAGAAAAAGUUUGGGUAUAUGCAAUUUCUUAUAAAUGAAAUUAUAGCUGAUAAAAAUCUUUUUACUAACAAUGUAAAUGUAUUAAGUUUUGUAUAAAUCUUUUAAUACAAUCAUGUUUUAGGAAUUCAACAUGGGGAGAUCAGUUCCAAAAUGAACGAUGGAUGAGUUAAUGAGUUUCGUUCUUUUCGUGUUAAAUUUUGCACAGGGACACCUUUGUUUCCAUGUUUUGAUGUUUUGAUUGAAACUUAAAGAGGUACUUGAAAGCUCAAAUUGAUGGUCAGAGGUUUUGUAGAAAAGUUAUCUUUAUAAAGGCUGAUUGAUGCGCUCGACUUACAGGGUCAACGUCCUUCAUUAAUCAUAGUAUAUUAUUGCACUUGUUCAGUUGAAAUGUCUUUGCGAUCAUGCAUCUAUGUGUCUGAGCCACAACACAUUACAUGAGAUAAAGACUGCUCUUUGAUUCAGUCCUAAAAGUGGAUAUAUUGGUAAAAAAAUAUGUUAUUGAUAUCAAAUAUAACAGCAAAKAAUGCUAACCAACAACAGUGAUAUUGGUAAUAGUGGUCCGUGAUUGUUUCUAUGAUUGAUGACAAUUUCAUGAGUAAAUUGCAAUCACUUUCUAGGAGACACCCGUAAUAAAUGUAUUCAUAGUACUUAAAGGCCCAAUGCAGUCAAAAACAUGAUUUUUCUGUGUUUCAUAUAUAUUUCCGCACAAUGAGUUUGGAAUAAUACUGUGAAAUUGUGAAAAUUAUGAUAAUGCCCUUUUCGUGUAAGAGCUGUUUUAAAAGACAGCCUGAAAUUUCUGCCUGUUUUGGUGGGAUGGAGUUUUGGCCAUAAAUUAGUUAAAAGACUAAUAAGAAAGCGAGUUCCAAAUCUCUCUGCCAAUAACAGCUAGUUUUCAGUUUUCCCUUCCCCACUCAGACCACUCCCAGACAGUCCAAG